AUGGUAGAGUUAACAAGAGCAGAAGCUGAUGACCUUGAUGAUGGCUUGGAAUACGAUGUACAAUAUUCCGAAGAUGAAGGAGAAUUAGUCCCUCCUUCUACACUUGCAACCGAAACCGUUACCCAUGAAGAACCAACCCAAGAUGAAGAAGGAACCAAUCCACGCAAACGUAAAACCGAUAUAUCAAACUUGAAAGAGAAAAAGAAAAUGAAGAUGGAAUUGGAUAUGCAACAAAAGAAAGAUAUUUCAUUGGAAGCAAGUCCUGAAGUAAUUACUGAAUUUAUCAAUUCUAAAAUCAGUAGAAAGCAUACAAAUUUAUCAGCAUUAGAAUUGAGUGAAUUAUACUUUACCAAAAAUGAUAUUCGAUCAACUUCUGAAUUCACCAAGUCAAGAACAUUGGAUAAUUUGCUGGAGUAUAUUAAUCAACGGUUUAAAAAUAUGCUACCUGGUAAACAACAGCAACAGCAACCACAGCAUGGCAAGCAAAAGAAUAAAAAGAAUAAGAACAAGAAUAAGAACAAGAGCAAAGUUGAAGAUGUGGAGCAAGAUGAUGAUGACAGUAGGCAACCAACAGAGGAUAGAAAAUUCAUAGCCAUUGUGUCUAUGUCAGCAAUAAGAGCAUGCGAUAUUCAUCGAGCUACAAAGGACUUAAAUGGAAGUUCAUUAAAACUAAUCAACAAAAACAAAUUAGACGUUGAUUUAAAAUUGGUCAAAUCAACAAGAUCAAGAGUACUUUGUUGUACUCCAGGAAGGUUACAAAAAGUGUUGAACAGUCCAGAAUCACAAUUGCAAAAAGAUGAAAUUAAAAUUAUCCUUGUUGAUAACUCGUACCUAGAUCAAAAGAAACAAAAUAUAUGGGAUAUAAAAGAGACUUUUGAAGUAUUGAAAGAAUUAACAAAACAAGGACUGAAGAUUUACCUUUAUUGA